UUCAUUCAGACCAGCCCUGCAGUGGGUGGGGGAGAACAGUCAGAUGGGAAAGGAGAAUCUAAGUGAUAAGGUGCAUGACUGGCUCAGUGGAUAGAAAAAAACCUCCUGUUCUAAAAAGGAAAGACACAAGAAGGAUGCUGAAAGAGGACUAAGCAAAAGAAGAAGGGAGUAACCAUGCAGCUCUCACUAUCAUUUCCUUUAAGCCACAGCCUGUAAUAAUAGUGUUUGCAGUGAUGCUCGGAGAGCAAGCACCUGCUGCUCUGUAAUGAUUCAGCCUCUUUCACUCGUAGCUCUAACACAACAGGAUGAUAUUGCUGCUGUCACUGCUGUCUCAUCUGCUGCUGCUGCCGGACUUACUGCCUUUCUUGUGGUUGCUACUUCAUGACAGCUAUAUUCUGCCAAGCAGAUACUGUCACCCUGUGCUCCAGGUGAGAAUACAUCAAUUCACUCUUGGCUAUUGGGUUACCUAACUAACAAAAGGAGUGAGAAGCAUGCACACCCAGCUACUAAACUGUCAAAGAAGAGCAUGAAAAAGCCACUCUCUUCCUCUAAAGAAUUCUAUUUUGUUUGCUUAGCUGCUAAUGAUCUUCUACUUAGACUUCGUAUUGAUUUACAAUGUAACAUGCAGCAUUGUUUUUUACUGUAUGUCUUUCUUGUUGCUCUGGUAAUGGACCAUGUACAAAUUCAUGCUUUACUAAGGCAAGGUGAUUGAGAUUUAUGCCUUUAAGAUGCCUGGGGAUACUGCAGAGGGUUGUCAGAAUCAUUGCUCUGAGCAGAACUCAGACCCUCCCUCUCCUGAACUUCAAGAUGAAGGAAGUGUGCCAGAGACUCAAGCUGAGGAUGGAACUACCCAGGGGAUAGCAGGCCUCGCUAUUACCUGCUGUGUGUGCCUGGAGGCAGACAGGCUGAGAAUCUGCCUUAGCUCAGAAAAGAUAUGUAUCCUUCCCAUAUUGGCAUGCCUGAUAAGCCUCUGCCUCUGUAUUGCUGGCCUUAAGUGGGUAUUUGUAGACAAAAUAUUUGAAUAUGACUCACCGACUCAUUUGGAUCCUGGGAGAAUAGGCCAAGAUCCUAUCAUUUAUGCUGACUCUGCACCAAGUUCAUUGGUACCACCUACUGAAUUCACUCUGCCUAUACCUAUUAAUACUACUGAAAGUAAACUUCAGGUUACCGUGGAAAUCGGAUCCUCACUUUUACCUACAGAGACUACUUUUCAGUCAUUUUCCACAGAUAAUAUUUUACCAAAAGUCACCUCAGUGGAAAAAGUAUAUCAGCCUUCUACAGUAAGUCAUCUAGGAUCUUCGGAAUCUAGUACAACAGUCAAUACAAAAAAGGCAUCUCCACCAGGGCACCUGUCAAAAUGUUCAGAGAAAGAGAAGACUUACUGUGUUAAUGGAGGAGAAUGCUACGUGAUAAAAGGGAUAAAAAGCAGUGGAACAACUAAGUACUUGUGCAAGUGCAAACCUGGAUUCACUGGAGCAAGAUGUACUGCGACUGAUCCUGUGAGAGUCAUAAGACCAGAAAAGCAUCUUGGAAUUGAAUUUAUGGAAGCCGAGGAAUUGUACCAGAAAAGAGUGCUGACCAUUACUGGCAUCUGUAUUGCUCUGCUUGUAGUUGGCAUCAUGUGUGUUGUGGCCUACUGCAAAACCAAGAAACAGAGAAAAAAGUUGCGGGAUCGUCUAAGCCAUCGCUCAGAAAGGAACAAUAUGGUCAACAUGGCAAAUGGGCCACAUCAUCCAAAUCCACCACAAGAAAAUGUCCAGAUGGUAAAUCAAUAUGUUUCCAAGAAUGUUAUAUCCAGUGAACAUGUCAUUGAGCGGGAAACAGAAACAUCCUUUUCAACAAGUCAUUAUACUUCAACAACACAUCAUUCAACAACAGUUACCCAAACACCAAGUCACAGCUGGAGUAAUGGUCAGUCAGAAAGCAUUAUUUCAGAAAGUCACUCUGUAAUUGUGACGUCAUCAGUAGAGAACAGUAGACACACAAGUCCAACAGGGCCGAGAGGACGACUCAAUGGCAUUGGAGGUCCUAGAGACUGCAGUUAUCUCAGGCAUGCAAGGGACACGCCAGAUUCCUAUAGAGAUUCACCCCAUAGUGAAAGAUAUGUUUCAGCAAUGACAACACCGGCUCGCAUGUCACCUGUGGAUUUUCAGACUCCAAUCUCUCCAAAAUCACCUUGUUUGGAGAUGUCUCCACCAGUAUCUAGCUUAGCUGUAUCAGUUCCUUCUGUGGCUGUCAGCCCCUUUAUAGAAGAAGAAAGACCAUUGCUUUUGGUGUCACCUCCAAGACUGCGAGAUAAGAGAUAUGACUCAUAUUAUCACCAUUACCACUACAAUCAGCAGUACAAUUCCUACCAUCACAAUCCUGCUCAUGAUAGCAGCAGUCUGCCGCCAAGUCCUUUAAGAAUAGUGGAGGAUGAGGAAUAUGAAACUACGCAAGAAUACGAGCCAGCCCUGGAGCCUGUAAAGAAACUAGUCAACAGCAGGAGGGCAAAAAGAACAAAACCCAAUGGCCACAUUUCCAAUAGAUUAAGAUUGGACACUGACACAAGCUCUGAGAUCAGUAUAUCUGAGAGUGAGACAGAAGAUGAAAGAAUAGGUGAGGAAACACCUUUCCUGAGUAUACAAAACCCCCUGGCGACUAGCUUAGAGUCAGCCAGUGCAUACCGGCUUGCAGACAGUAGGACUAACCCAACUAGCCGGUUCUCAACACAAGAAGAGUUACAAUCAAGGCUGUCCAACGUAAUAGCUAACCAAGACCCUAUUGCUGUAUAAAACAAAUAAAACAGAUUCACCUGUAAAACUUUAUUUUAUAUAAUGAAGUGUUCCACCUUAAAUUAAACAAUUUAUUUUAUUUUAACAGUUCCGCAAGUAGAAAACAGGAAACGUUUUAUAAAUUAAGUAUAUGUACAAAUGUGUUAUGUGCCAUAUGUAGCAAUUUUUUUACAGUAUUUCAAAAUGAGAAAGACAUCAAUGGUGCCUUUAUGUUAUGUUGAAACUGUUUUUGUAUGUCCCAGUGAUUGCUGUCCCACAGUAUUUUUGCAUAACUGCUCUAUCUCUUAUUUUUCUUGGCUUUGUGUGCAUUGCAUUAAUGGUGUCAACUGAAUGUAUGAUUUGCAAGAGUUACAGCAAUUCCCCAUUUUUGCUCGUGGUAUAGUAGAUCCUUGACUAACUGUCCCUGUGAUGCAGUACUCAUAAAAAUACUGUUUACUUUUAUAAGAGGAAUUGUUUUGCUUUCAGAAUAUAAGACAAGUUAUCUCUGCUCUUUGCCAGUCAAAGCUUUGCAUUAUAAUGCUCUAAUCUAAUAGUAGAUUAAACACUAUACUACAAUUAAUAACAGCAGGGCAACAGAGACUGCAAAUAAAUAUUAUCGGAAAUGCAAGUGCUACUGUAACAUACAUAGUGAUUAGCUAGGAAACUGACAACUCUGGAAAACUGUCAGCAUAGAGUCAUAUGAUAAAGUGAAUUUACUGACAAACUGAUCCAAAUAGACUGAAGGCAUCACACCCUCUCCCCCUCCCACCUAAAGCUUCCCAAAAGAUGAGACUUCUGUUUUAGUAAUAAAGAACCUCUUAUAGAAUACUAUAUUAAAUUGAAGAACAGAGCAAGUAGGAAAUUAAACAGAAAUAAAGGUGCAAUCAUUUUUGACCAUUCUUUUUGAUUGUUUACAUAAGACACAUGAACACUAUAGACUAUUUAUGAGCUAUCAAACCUGUUACUUAGACAAACAACUUUCCUUUACAAAUGGUUCCAUUUUAUAAGGUGUGUAAGAAAGGUUUAGUUUGCUUCAUUUAGCAAGAUGAGAGUGGGCAUCCUAUUUUAAUAUAAACAAUAUGUAUUUAUUUGAAAAGCACGUUUGCAUUAUACAGGCUAAUAAAAUGCAUGAGCAUCUGGUUAGGAAUAUGCAUGACACAGUGAAUAAAUGAGACUCAGUGACUGUUGGUAGUUGCAUUAGUUUUGAAUACAUGUGGAAAAUAUUGCACCUUUUAGAAGGAUCCUUUUUUUUCCCAUCCAGUUUUCCCAGAGAGUGGUUGAGCAUGAUUCUGCCUUUAAACUACCUAAUUUCUUGGGACACCUAAGAUAUUUAAAUAAAAAAUGUCUUCCAUAUGCAAUGAAAAAUGUUGUAUUACAAAUACUAGCGCAAGACAGCAAAAGAAAUGUUUGUCCAUUUGUUCUGUAAAUAGUUACAGUCUAUUUCUGUUACGGAAUAAUGCAUCACAAAGUAGAUCUCAUAGCUGCCGCCAUUUUCACUGUGAUUAGAUGGAGAAUUAUGCUGUUCAGUUUACAUUUAUUAAUGCAUUCUAAAUACUAGAGAGAAAUGGUCUCAAAGAAACCAUUUAACAGAGCAAUUUAAAAAUGUUGAUCUCCAUGCAAAUGGCUGACUAACAGGGAAAAUAAUAACUACUCUCUCUAGUUUUUAGACCUGUCACCAAGACUGAAAGUAGAGGAGGAUAAUGAGUUUUGAAUGUGUGUGCUUAUGCAAGAACAUAUGUGUUUUGUGUUAGUAACUCCUCUCAGCCUGUUGCUUAAUUUCUAAACCUGCUAAAUAACAUUUUGCUUCCCUUUUCUUCUUUUCUAUUUUGUGCUUGUUUUUUGUUUAUGUCAUUAAAAGAGAAUAUGUUACACUUGCAUUUGUGGGACUCUGCAAAACUCACACGGAUUAAAAUACUUUGCUUGUUAAAUAUCUGCACCUGUAGUUUUCAAGUGUAUUCCAUAUUAGUGCGUAGUAGUAACGCCUGCCUCUGCCUUUAGGCCAUAUUGGCUACUAGUAAAAUUAUAAUUAACAAAUGCUGCAGAGUAAUAGUAAAACACAACUGGCACAUAUCACAAGGUCCAAUAUAUGUUUUUAUGUUUUUAUUUUGUAAAUACAUAUUCAAAGAUAUUUUACUUAUUCAAUUACAGUCUAAUAUACAUUUUGUGUCAUUAGCCCUCUCCUGGUCAUGUGUGUAAAAAGUUAAAGAAUUAUAAAAUAAAUUCCUUUAUUUAUAUUUAGCCAGGAGAGAAAGUUCAUAUUAUUUUACGUUAAAUGUUUGAAAUGUUUAAAAGUCCAACAUUAUUAUUUUUCAUUUGAGAAUGUAAUGUAUUCUCCCUUUCAGUUCUAAGUAAUUUAUUGUUCAGAAAAAAUGUAAUGGAAAUUGGUGAAAGAAAAGUAAAAAAAAAUAUUGCAAGGUACUGAAAACUACUAAGAUAUUAUUAUCCCAACAACUAAGCAAUAAGCAAUUGUUGAUUUAUUUUGGGUUCUUGUUCCUUAUCUGCAAACAAGCUGCUGAUGCAAUAAAAUGCUACAACAUACAACCAAGAAUUUUGGGAGAGCCAGCGGACAUGACUGAGUGAAAUACGAUCUCCAUGAACACUGAUCCAGAGUUUCUAUAGUUGACAGUAGAACAGGUUAUCCCCCCUGCAAAAACAAAAAACAUUUCUGGUCAUGCUGUGAAUCUCUGACAGUUUGUACAAACCUUGCAUGUGAAAAUCUGUCUGAAUAAAUUUUCCACUUUUAGUGACUUAGAAAGUUCCCCUUGUGAAUCUUUACUUGUAAAGGUGUUAAGAGCUAAUUGACUGGACAACUACCUUCCUGUUACACAGCCCAAAUGUACGUUAUUUGGGACACAAAAUUAAAUGUGAAAUUAAAAAUAUUUAACAAUGAUAACACACUUUGCCUACAGGAAACCAAUAAACUGCCUUAUCCUUUA